AUGUCAUGCUGGAGAUCAUGCCAAGAUAAAAGUGUAGCAGCGUCGUGGAUAAAGGAUAACAUUGUUGGCACGAUCUUUGCGGCUCGGAGCUGUUUUUUAAAAGAAAUUCUAUCGCCAGAAGUACUCGAUAUGUAUGACCAAGGAUAUGUUUGUGUACAAGAAUCAUAUCAAAAUCGAAAGCUAAUUGUUGAUGCUUAUAUGGAAUAUGGUUUGGAUCAAUACUCUCCAUACAUUAAUUAUUAUAAAAUGGCUGGAAUAACAUCAAGUGUCACUGACAAAAAUAAAAACGUAUUAGAACUACGUGAUCGAGAUAUUGGUCGAUCGAGUCAACAAAAAUCCAUUAAUGAUACAUCAUCAUCGUCAUCAUCAUCAUCAUCUACAGUACAAACAAUGAACGAACAAGCAGAGAUGCAACGUUUAAAUUCACGUUUUAUCAAUUAUUUAAAACGUUUACGUGAACUUGAACUGACAAAUGAUACUUUAACAAAACAAUUGAGUGAUGUACGAAAAUCCGUUAGUAUGGAUGGUUCAAGUGUCAUUCUACAAUAUGAUCCUGAAUUAACAAAUUUACGUCGACAAUUAGAUACAUUAAUACACGAUAAAACUUUAGUAGAAUUACGUAUAAAUCAUUUUGAUUAUGAUAUUAAACGACAAAAAGCAAAAUGUGAUACAUAUGAGACAAGAAACGAUGAUAUUUACAAAUUAGAACAAGAAUUAAAACAAAUUAAAGAUGAAUACAAUUAUCUACAGUCAAAAAUAUUCAAUUUACAGCAAAUAAUAUCGAAAACAAAACAAGAGGAAGAAUUUCUAAAUCAUGAAAUUGAUAAAUUAUUAAUUGAACAUGAAAAUGAAAUAAUUGCUCGUUAUGAUCUACAAAAUGAAAUUCAAACUCUUGAAGAAAGUUUAACGUUUAAACGAGCUCUCUAUGAACAUGAACUAAAUGCAUUAGAAAAAUUAUUAAAACAGAAUAAUUUGACAGAUGAUUUUUAUCGAAAUGAAUUUGAUCGUGCUACAAAAGAUUUAAGAAAUGAAUAUGAACAAUUGCAUUAUCAACAAAUUUCUAAUUUGAAAGAAUAUUAUAAACAGAAGCAAGAUGAACUUGUUGAAACUGUUAGAGUAAUGAAUAAUUCAUUAACCACACAAUCACAAUCAGCAACGUCAACCAUAAAAACAUUAGAAACAACAAAAGAAUCUGUUAAAAUGUCGAAAAAUGAUUUGUCAAAUUUGUUAGAUAAGAAUAGUGAUCUGUCAGCAAAAGCUCAAUCAUUACAAGAAAAAUAUGAUGAGAUAAAAUUGUACAAUCGGCAGCAGACAUUUGAACAAGAGAAACAAAUUGAUCAAUUAAGAAAUGAUAUCGAAGCAUUGGCCACAUCACACGAUCAAGUUAUGAAUAGUAAAACAUCGAUGGAAUUUGAAAUUUUAACAUAUAAACGCCUAUUAGAUAACGUUGAGAAACUCCCAUUAAGCCAAACAACAAUAAUAGGAAGUAGUAAUAAUCAAUCAACAAUAGCGACCACUACUACAACUACAAGAACAAUUACAACAAAAAUGGUUCCCGUACCAUCAAAACAAGCAUCGUCAAGUAAGUUUUCGGGAAAAAUAUGUUUGAGAAUGUUACCUCUUUAUGCUGCUGUGGCAUUUAUCGAUGCUGGUAGUAAUGAAUAUUAUGAAUCACGAUUACCAAAACAUAGUUGUUUAAAUGAAUGUUAUAAACAUGUUGGGAACUAUGUUUUAAAUGCUGUUAAUUUAACUAUUCCUGAAAUAAUAACAUUUCACGCUGAUGGCACAUUCAACGCGAUUAAUUCUUUUCAAGAUGGCAAUCAAUAUUCAACAGAUCCAGGUGAUAGACCCUACUCAAAUGAAUAUAACAUUUGGAAAUGUAAUGGGAAAAAUGGUAUUGAGGCUAAAUCAUUAGACUUUGCAUUUCCAUCAUUGGCUCGACCAUAUUAUCGAGCAGUGGAGGAAAAUACGUACUCACUUAAAUUUGAUCAUGAUCGAUUUGACGGUAAAGCGGGAUACACUGCUUACAAACAAAAUUCUCUAAGCCAAAAUCAACUAUCCGUACCGAUCAAUGGACCAUUUGAAUUCUCUGUUCAAGGCUACAAAGUGUUCGAUUUAUGUGAGCAAAAACAACAUAAGAAGUAUUAG